ACACGUGUAGCAGGAUACCUCCACAUGAGAACUCGAGCAGUAUUCAUUUCCAGCAGUGUAAGCAGAGCUGGAACAUGAGCUCAAACUAACCCCGGAGUGACGUGACGACUGCAUCCAUCGCGCGUGCGCAGCGAGGUGCGCGCUCAGGGAGUUGCGCUGGCAGGUACACAGAGCACCAGUACACCUGUGCUGCCUACCGCGAGACAAAAUGUCUGGAUUCGAUAACAACCCCUUUGCCGAGCCAGUUGAUGUCAAUCCCUUUCAGGAUCCAUCAGUUACUCAGGUGACCAACACAGCUGCCGAUGGCAUAGGAGAGUUUAACCCAUUUACAGCCGGUGCUCUGGAUGGGCGCACCAUUCCCGUAUCAACUGCCUCUCAACCAGCAGUCCUGCAGGCCACAGUGGAGCCCAGUCCACAAGCCAGUGUCACUGCAGGACAAGCUGAGCUCCUCCGUCAGCAAGCGGAGCUGGAGAAGAAGGCUGCUGAGCUGGAGCGUAAAGAGCAGGAGCUGCGGGAUCGAAAUACAGCAUUAGGUAAAGAAAACAACUGGCCACCUUUGCCCAAGUUUUUCCCCAUAAAACCUUGCUUCUAUCAGGAUUUUAAUGAAGAAAUUCCUGUGGAAUAUCAGAGGGUUUGUAAGAUGAUGUACUACCUCUGGAUAUAUCACAGUGUGACGCUGUUUCUGAACCUGCUGGCCUGUCUGGUGUAUUUUACUGUCUCUACUCAGAAUGGAGUGGACUUUGGACUCUCAAUCCUCUGGUUUAUUUUGUUCACUCCUGUUGCUUUCCUCUGCUGGUACCGACCCGUAUACAAAGCCUUUAAAUCUGACAGCUCCUUCAGUUUCUUCUUUUUCUUCUUCAUUUUCUCAUUCCAAGUAAUAGUGUACAUCAUUCAGAGUGUUGGGAUCCCCGGCUGGGGAAACAGUGGCUGGAUCACGGCCAUCUCUGUGAUCAAGAUUAACAUAGCCGUGUCAGUCUUCAUGAUGGUGGUGGCUGGAUUCUUCACUGGCAGUGCUGUGCUGUCUGUUAUCUUACUGAAAAUGGUUCACUCCAUGUACAGACACACAGGUGCGAGCUUCCAGAAGGCGCAGGAAGAGUUUUCUCAGGGGGUCGUCACUAACCGAACCUUCCAGUCUGCUGCCGCCACAGCAGCAUCUUCAGCCGUACAGGGAGCCUUUCAGUAACAGCCACUGUUAAAGACUGUCUCACAAACUUCCGUCAAACAACCCAAACCUCUUAUGGAAAGGACAGUUUGUUUUUGAAGCUUCUAAAAGCUCAUGUUUUUUCCUGCUGCAAUACAUUCAUUUGGUUACUGAAAAUAUUUUGAGGUGAAAAGUUACCUGGCUGUUGAUCGGUGAGGCACUUUAGAUGAUGACAUGGGUUCUGUCCGAAUACAGGCUGUCUUUUCUUUCUGUAUUCCUCAUGUAAUAAAGGCAAUAUUUAGAGAUGGUUUUAUGAAGGUAAAGUGUUUCAGUGGCACUAUUUAAUUGGUUUAUUUAAUGUUACAACAUUGUUACAGUAUAGUCCAAAUUCCAUCCAAUCCAAAUUAUCUAGUUCUUUAGUUUUGUCCCUGCUAUAUGUAUUUAGAAACCUUUUGUGAAAGGUACUGUUACAUGUUGAAUUCUUCUACACUUUGAUUUAGUCUUUAUACUCCAACUAAAUGUGUUAUGUCAGCUGAUGUCAACAUUUGAACAAUCAUUCCCCAACUAGAAACAUAUAUUUAGCUAUAGACUGUCUUUAGAGUGAACUGUAGUACUGUUUGUGGAAAAAAGGGGCUGUUAUCAGUUUGUUACAGUCUUGCUACAUUCUCAAACUGAAGUGAUGGUUUUGCAGUGUUCUCAAUUAUGAACAAAAUAUGUAUAUAUUUAUAAAUUAAGCAGAUAUUAUUUUACUGUGGUUGAUUUGGGUGGGCUGCGCAAAUAUUUUAUGAGUUUUUGUUAAAUAAACAUUCUGAUUAAUGUUUUGUU